AUGGAGACCAAUGUGGACCUCCACCUCCCGCCAUCUCUCCAGGAGACCAUCAGGGCCGUGCAGCAGCUUUCCAGGGGGAAAGCACCCGGAUCGGACGCGAUCCCUGUUGAGGUCUACAAGCACGGAGGUCCCCAACUGAUGGAUCACCUGACUGCGCUCUUCCAGGAGAUGUGGCGUCAAGGUGAAGUCCCGCAAUAUUUCAAAGACGCAACCAUCGUGCAUCUCUACAAGCGCAAAGGAAAUCGCCAAGUCUGCGACAAUCACCGCGGCAUCUCCUUGCUGAACAUCGCCGGGAAGAUCUUCGCUCGCAUCCUCCUCAACCGUCUGAACAAUCAUCUAGAACAGGGUCUUCCGCCAGAAAGCCAGUGCGGCUUUCGCCGUCAUCGCGGGACCACUGAUAUGAUCUUCGUCGCCCGUCAACUUCAAGAGAAAUACCAGGAGAUGCGGACCCACCUGUACUCCACCUUCGUGGAUCUGACGAAUGUCGUCGACAUGGUGAAUCCUGAAGGACUGUAGAAGAUCGGGCAGAAAUUCGGCUAUCCCGAGAGAUUCAUUCAGAUGGUACGUCGGCUCCAUGACGGCAUGACGGCGCGAGUCAUGGACAAUGAAACUGUCGCGGAGACAUUCGCAGUGACCAACGGAGUGAUGCAGGGAUGCGUCCUGGCUCCCAACCUCUCCAGUCUUAUGUUCUCUGCCAUGCUGAUGGACGCCUACAGUGACGAACGUCUCGAGAUCUGCACCGCCUAAAGGACGGACGGCCACCUUCUCAAUCAACGGCAGAUGCACUUCCAAUAGCGCGUAUCCACAACCACUCUCCACGACCUUCUAUUCGCCGACGACCGCGUCCUCAACGCCACCUCGGAAGAGGACAUGCAAAGGAGCAUGGACCUCCUCUCCGCUGCCUGCGAGAAUUUCGGUCUGGUGAUUAACAGGGUGAAGACGGUGGUCAUUCACCAACUGCCAACGAACGCAACCCCUCCCCACAAUGCGCCACAGAUUAGCGUGAACGGACCCCGCCUGCAGGUGGUGGACAACUUCCCGUACCUGGGUAGUACCCUCUCCCGCGGCACGAAAAUCGACGACGAAGGGACCCGCAGGACUUCGAAGGCCAGUCAGACCUUCCGCCGCCUUCAAAGCACACUUUGGAUUCGUCAUGGUCUCCAGCUUAACACGAUGCUGAUAACGUACAUGGCCGUCAUUCUCCCGACGCCGCUUUACGGAGCAGAGACUUGGACGGUGUACACAGAGCAGGCACGCCGACUAAACCACUUCCACCUCAGCUGUCUUCGCCGCAUACCGAGGUGA